UACCGUGGCGGCCAUUCGCAAGGGUAUUUUUCGGGGUCACAGUCUCCACAGUAACUAAAUUAUUGCAGCUUUCCUGCAAUAAUUUAGUCUUUGGCACUCUUUGGUUUUAACAUCAGGACCACUGCCUGAUCAGCACCAUGCUGCGAGUACACAAAGUCGCCAUGAUGGCAGACAUGGGCAGCCAUGUCUGCAAGCUGAGUGCACGCUGCAGUCGUGGCCUGCGCACUGCUUGUGGCCAGUUGUGUCAGAAGGCUGAAGAAAAAACAAUUGCUGGCAUACCAUACAAGAACCUCUCUAUCGGUGUACCAAAAGAACUUUUUACUAAUGAACGCAGAGUUGCAUUGGUACCUUCAGCCAUUCAAACACUGACUAAGAAGGGAUUCACAGUGAAUGUAGAAGAGAAUGCAGGUCUUGGGGCUAAGUUUAUGAAUGAUGACUAUGCUGCAUCAGGUGCCAAAAUCAAGGGAAAAAAAGAUGUUUAUGACUCUGACAUUAUCUUAAAGGUCAGAGCUCCCCUUCAAGAGGAGAUUGCCAACUUCCGUGACAAAGGAACCCUGAUAUCUUUUCUGUACCCUGCACAAAACAAAGAGCUGUUGGAGCUGUUGGCCAAGAAACAGCUUACUGUAUUUGCCAUGGACUGUGUGCCACGCAUCUCUAGGGCCCAGGUCUUUGAUGCCCUCAGCUCUAUGGCCAAUAUUGCAGGCUACAAGGCUGUUGUGGAAGCUGCCAACAACUUUGGCAGGUUUUUUACUGGUCAGAUUACUGCUGCAGGUAAGGUCCCACCUGCUAAGGUACUAGUUAUCGGUGGGGGUGUAGCAGGUCUCUCAGCUAUUGGAACGGCCAAAAACAUGGGAGCCAUUGUGAGAGGCUUUGACACCAGAGCAGCCGUCAAGGAGCAGGUGGAGUCCUUUGGUGCAGAGUUCUUGGAAGUGCAUCUCAAGGAAUCUGGAGAAGGUGUUGGAGGCUAUGCUAAGGAAAUGUCCAAAGAGUUUUAUGAAGCUGAGAUGGCACUGUUUGCCAAGCAGUGUAAAGAGAUUGAUAUCCUUAUCUCCACUGCCCUCAUUCCUGGCAAGCCAGCACCAAAGCUUAUCUCCAAGGCCAUGGUUGAAAGCAUGAAACCUGGAUCAGUUAUUGUAGAUCUUGCAGCUGAAGCUGGUGGCAACAUUGAGACCACAAAACCUGGAGAGUUGUAUGUUUACAAGGAUGUCGUCCACAUUGGUUACACUGAUCUGCCCUCACGCUUGCCCACACAGUCUUCCACAUUGUAUGCUAAUAAUAUCAGCAAGCUUUUGUUAUCCUUUGGUGAAAAAGAUCAUUACAACAUUAACUUGGAAGAUGAGGUUGUCAGAGGUUCUAUUAUUUUACAAGAAGGCAAGCUGCUCUGGCCACCACCUCCACCUAAAGUGGACCCAGCUGCCCCUGCUCCGGCAGCUGCUAAAGCUGUAGUGAAAGAACCACCUCCUCCACCCAACUAUUUUGCUAACACAUUGAAAGAUUCUCUCAUGUACACCACUGGCCUCGGUGGAAUGGUUGGCCUGGGAAUGAUAUCACCAAACUCAGCCUUCACAUCCAUGGUUAAUGUUUUUGGUCUGGCUGGCAUUGUUGGUUACCACACAGUAUGGGGUGUAACACCAGCCCUCCACUCACCUCUGAUGUCUGUGACCAAUGCCAUCUCAGGUAUCACUGCAGUAGGUGGGAUGUUGCUGAUGGGAGGUGGCUACUACCCAUCUAACACGCUGCAGACUCUUGCUGCCCUGGCUGCCUUCAUCUCAUCCAUCAACAUUGGAGGUGGUUUUGUUGUCACCAAGAGAAUGUUGGACAUGUUCAAGAGACCAACUGAUCCACCAGAGUACUCAUAUCUGUAUGGUAUCCCAGCCGUAACCUUCCUGGCUGGAUACGGAUACUGUGCCACAUCAGGCCAGUACCCAGACAUCCACCAGAUGGCCUACCUGGCAGCUUCCUUGUGCUGCGUAGGCGCUUUAACUGGCUUGUCUUCUCAGUCUACCAGCAGACUUGGCAACACCCUUGGAAUCAUUGGUGUGACCAGUGGUGUUGCUGCCACUCUUGGUAUCCUGAAACCAACUGCUGAGACCUUCACACAGAUGGCAACUUGCAUGGGUCUGGGUGGAUUAAUAGGAUCUGUGAUGGCCAAGCGUAUGGAGGUGACUGACCUGCCCCAGAUGGUGGCCCUCUUCCACAGCCUUGUGGGAGCAGCUGCUGUGCUGACCUGCUUUGCCAACUACAUGCUGGAGCAGCCCCACUUUGCCACUGACCCAGCUGCCAAUGUCAUCAAGACCUUCCUCUUCCUGGGGACCUUCAUUGGUGGUGUCACCUUCACCGGAUCCUUGAUUGCUUUUGGAAAACUUCAAGGAGUCCUCAAGUCUGACCCCCUGCUCCUGCCAGGCCGCAACUAUCUCAAUGGUGGCAUGAUGCUGGGUAACGUUGCUGCCAUGGCCUACUACAUGAUGGACAACAGCCCAAGUGUUGGGCUCAGCAUGCUGGGCACUACCACUGCUCUGUCUAGUAUCAUGGGUGUCACUCUCACUGCUGCUAUUGGAGGUGCUGACAUGCCUGUGGUCAUCACUGUGCUGAACUCCUACUCUGGCUGGGCCCUGUGUGCUGAAGGUUUUAUGCUGGACAACAACCUGAUGACCAUUGUAGGGGCUCUGAUUGGUUCCUCUGGAGCUAUCCUCUCUUACAUCAUGUGCAAGGCUAUGAACCGCUCACUACCAAAUGUGAUACUUGGAGGCUAUGGUACCAGCUCCACUGGCAAAGGCAAACCUAUGGAAAUCAUAGGAACCCACACAGAGAUCAAUGUUGAUGGGACUGUAGACUUGAUUGACGAGGCUAAGAAUAUCAUCAUUGUUCCAGGUUAUGGUCUGUGUGUUGCCAAGGCCCAAUACCCCAUUGCAGAGAUGGUUGAUAUACUAAGGAAAAGGGGCAAAAAUGUCAAGUUUGGAAUUCACCCUGUUGCUGGUCGUAUGCCUGGUCAGCUGAACGUCCUGCUUGCUGAGGCUGGUGUGCCCUAUGACAUUGUACAGGAAAUGGAUGAGCUUAACCAUGAGUUCCCUGAGACUGAUUUAGCUCUCAUCAUCGGAGCUAAUGACACAGUCAACUCUGCAGCUGAGGAGGAUCCAAACUCUAUCAUUGCUGGCAUGCCUGUGCUUAGAGUAUGGCUUGCUAAACAGUGUAUCGUGAUGAAGAGAACUCUGGGUGUUGGGUAUGCUGCUGUUGACAACCCCGUCUUCUUCAAGCCCAACACAUCCAUGUUGCUGGGAGAUGCUAAAAAGACCUGUGAUGCCCUGCUUACAAAUAUCAAACAGAGGAUGGAAUCACAAUCAUAAUGACAUCUCACCUAGGCUCAUCUCUGAUAAUUUCAUAUAGAAGUGAUAUCAAGACUAAUUUGUAGAGGUCCUAGACACAAAACCAGGUUCACUUGAGUUGUAGGGAAAUUGGUUUCUCUUUACAGAUGUAGGAGAUAUUUAAAUUCAAGUCUGAUAAGCUAAAGUUUACUGAAGUUUAUCUACUGUUCUAAACCAAAGCUAAACUGAAAUAUAUACAGUUUUAUCGAAUUCAAUUGGUCCUCAAUUAGUUAGUUUAUACAUUUGCUUACAUCAUAAUGACUGCCAGUAAUUCAUUUCUUUGAAGUUGUAGCUCUAAAUUCAAAUAUUUUUUAACAGAAUGUAUGGUUUCGAAAGCUAAUGACUUUUCAUAGCACAAUUGCUAGGUUUUUGUAUUAUUUACUAUCACUGUGUUGAUAUAGAAUACUAUGUUGUUAGUGCUAAUGGUAGAGUUACAAGAACAGGCUGAGAAACAUUUUGACAAGCUCAUCUGUGGUUGACUGAAUGGUUGUGGGUACAUAUCUAGCUUUCUCAUACUUGUCAUGAAUGGGUAUUUAUUUACAUUAGAGCUAUGCCCUGGCAAUAAUUGGCUAGAAAACAAAACUUAGGGUAAAGUUGUUUGUAUGAAAGUACCAAAUUGUUUUUUUUAAGUACAUAAAUGAUUCAGAGUUCUUGUACUUGAGUUGAUGUAUCAAGUUGGUUUUGACAAAAAUUGUAAUUUUGUAUGCUUCAAAAGAUAGUUAUUGUAACGGUUGCUAAAAAAUGCUAAAAUAUUGCAUUUUAUGUUAUCUAAAAAUUCUUGAUAAUACUAUGUACACUAAAUUGAAGGAACUGUUUUGUUUUAGAAAUUUUACACUAUCUUGUUGGUUCUUUUACUGAUAAAAUAACCAAAAACAAAAAUUGUUAAAUGGAUGUAUGACUAAACACAUGACUUGUAAACUUUGAUUAAGCGAAUGAUAACCAAAUUUUUAAUGUGACUUAAAUCUCAAUCUUUCUAUUAUUCUGUGUAUGUCUACUUAAAAUGCAACUCCUUCUAUAUUUAAUGUAUUUAAACAAGAGAAAUGGAAUAUGUGUUUGAAAGGCUAGAUGUAAAAAAUUAAAAUGUUGAAUCCUAGGUGGUCUAAUCUACCAAAAUGUUUUUCAGUAUAGAUUCAACUUGUUCAGUUUAGAUUUAGUGUAAAGGUUAUUUCAGGGCUGUUCCCAGGGCAAGUUUUUGUUCUUGAGGAACUGUCUUAAAUAAUUGAUGUGAUAUUUGAUGAUAAAAAAUGUAACUUGUUCAUGUAGUUAUGUCUACACAGUUUACAUUUGAUGUCUUGUUAAUGUAGUGAUGUAGUCAUGUCAGUACCCACUGACAGGGUACCUGUCUUUGUUGCUACAGAGAUUAAAAGUUUGUCUUUUUA